AUGGCGCCGUCCACGCCGCCGACGGCCUCGGCGUCGAGCGGCGGCGGCGGCGGCGGCGGCGGCGACGACGCACAGCUGGCGGCGGCGGCGACCGCGGCGACCGCGGCGCUGCGCGACGAUCUGGAACGCGAACGCGCGUCCUUCGCGGCGACCGAGAGAGACCUGAGAGACGCGGUGAAGGCUGCCGACGCGAAGCGCGCGGACGCGGAGCGCGACCUCGCGGCGGCGACGGACGCGGUGACGCGCGCGGAGAAGGACGCCGCGGACGCGCGCGCCGCAUCCGCGGAGGCGGCGAUCACGGCGGCGGCGGCGGCGGACGCGCGGCUCGAGGAGGCGAACGCGAAGGCGAUUUCGGCGGCGAGCGACGCGACGCGGCUCCGCGGUGAGCUCGACGCCGCCGACGCCUCGCUGAGCGCGCUUCGGGAGGCGGCAGCGGACGCGUCGAGCGCGUCGGAGGAGCUGGAAGCGCUUCGCGCGGAGCUAGCGGAGGCGACGAAAAAGAACGGUGAGACUGCUUCCCAUACGACCCCGUUCGCGUGGUGCACGCCGUUCCUUAAGGACUUUUACCGUCGUCACUCUUCACCCGCGCUUCUCUUUCAACGUUUGACCGAGUCGCUGUCGCAGAAAAUUUCCAAGGCGGUGAAAAAAGGGAAAGGCAUCGAGUCGGAGAAGAAGCAGCUCGAGACGGAGCUUGCCGAGGCGCGCGCGCAGAUCGCGGCGAGCGGAGACGGUUCUCGCGAGGAAGCGAUCGCCGCGGCCGCCGCGCUAUCCGCGGCCAAGGCGGACGCGGCGAGCGAAGCGAAGGCGGCGGAGGAAGCCGCGGAGGCGCGACGACGCGCCGAGGCGAGGGCGGCGGACGCGGACGACAAGCUGAGGUGCGUUCUAUACACUGGUCCCCAUACGACCGCGUUGGCGUGGUGGACGCCGAUCCUUAAGGACUUUUGCCGUCGUCUCUCUCCGCCCACAACACGCUUUCAAUCCCCGCCCUCGGCGCCUUUCAACGCCAACUGA